AUGGUGGAUUCAUUGACCGAUUCUCAGCUUCUUGACACGUACCCAACCACAGCGUCAGCUAUCAAUUCAACCAAUGAUCAGCAUACUGAUACAGCUUCUCAGCCCGAUGUUGAAGAUCAACAUAAGAAGAGCACCAAUGUCACCAAAGACUCUAGCAAUCCAACUACCGACAACGCCGACAAUCGAAUGAUCAUUGACACCACCUCAACACUUGUUGACAACGACCAUAGAAUGAAUGACAACAACGACCCUAUUAUCGACCACGAUCAGCAUCAACAGCACACACGCCAACACCUAAGAAACCAAAACUUGAUACAGCAUCCAGCACACGUGUCACGCAACAUGAGCCAACAACGUUUACAACAAUCCGCUGGGGAAUCACCUGACCCACAGCAUCACCAAUAA